AUGAACGAGUUGACUGGGCCAAUAAAAAUCGAUGACAUUGCAAGUGGUAAAAUAGAUAGCAAGGCCAUAUACGAUGAGCUUGAGCGGCUUAAAGCUGAGGUCAACAUUCUCAGAAACGACAUGUCCUUAUUCCUAAAGCAGCUAGCAACGAUUCCCGAGAAACACAGCCAACAAGAGUACCAGGAUGCUCUUCAGCAGCGUCUUACGCAAGUGCAAAACACCAUCAAGGAGUAUUGUGUUCGUUAUAACCGUCUUCUUCCUAUAAUAAACUUAUCUCAAAUCAAGCUUGGGCAGGAACCCGAGACGAAUCCCAAAGCUAACGGGCUGCCAGCUAAAAAACAAGGUGUUCUGCCACAAAAGAACGGACAAAAGAAGAAAUAA